AUGGCAUUUUUUCUAGACAAGCAAAGAGAAAUGCUGCUGCUUCUUCUUCUUCUUCUUAUGCUUCUCAUUUUAUCUCCACCAUUGAUUCAAGCAGAUCUGAAUUUAAUAAAAACCUUAUGCCGUAAUUCGGACACCCCUGCAACAUGUAUGAAAUGUGUCACGUCUUCAGAAAAUGCUUUGGUACUGAACAGUGUUGGCAUAGCCACAAGCCUUGUCGAUUGCACCGAUGAUCAAGCAAAGAUCUUAGGAGCAAGCAUGGAAGAGUUGGCUACAAAUUCAUCUAAUGACACUAGAAAACCAAUUUAUCAAACAUGCGCGAAUGAUUAUCGGCGUAAUAUUCCUCCUUUCUUAGUUUCAGCAAAAUUUUCUUUGCGGGAACAUAACUAUGAAGCUGCUGAAUAUUAUGUUCUUAAAGCUCGAAGGCUUGAUCUUUAUUGUCAUCGUGAUAUUGAGAGCUACAAAGAUGAAGUUCAAGAUGAAGUUUAUUUUAACAUGACUAGGUUUGAGGAGUUUGCUGAUUCUGCUUGUAGAAUUAUUGAAAAGAUUUAUGCAUGA